AUGCUCGAUAGCGGUCCACAUGGACCCAGCAUGAUCGCCAUGCAACGAUCCCUCUCUUCGCCUGUUUGCAUACGUUCCUCCCCUCCUGUAUCUCCGACGGCCCCCCGUCCCCCCUCGAGGUCGCCGAGCCCCUCACCCAAAUCGCGCGCCGACACGACGACGGCGACGGCGACGGCGACGAGAACACGAGGCUUGCGGUCGCGAAGUCCCGUCCACUCCGCGCCCCCUCCAGAGUCUACGGCGUCUCUUCCUCUACGCCGUAGCGAAGACACGCCUCGCGAUGGAGCCACCCACCAUCAGAGAGGCGCGAGUGCGUCCAAGAGACCCGUCAUCGCCCAAGCUCCCGCCCGGUCGAACGCUUCACCAUCGCGCAGCCCGCCAGCUCCCUCUAGUCCCCUCCGGCCCGCCCUAAAAGACGAAGGCUUCGCUCGUCCACAGCUGCGAAGUCUCCUUACUGAUUCCUCCCUGUAUACGAACCCCCACCUGACCGUCGAAGACGAAGGGACUACUCUCCAAGAGCUGGCGCACCUGGUUCGCCUAUCCAAGUAUCAGGAGCGCAAGCGCGCAAACACGCGCAUCCGCCUCCAGAGGACCUUGGUUUCCACUGCACUCUCAGCGCGCUUGACCCGUUGCGGAGAGGCCACCCAGCGGAAUCUGGCCGAGUCGUUUCGCAGCAGUGAUACCCAGGGCUUUGCUAACCUCUUCAGUGCUAUGCAAGAUGUUCGGAAUAGCUGUGAUGCCACCCGUCGUUAUGCGCUUUUGGAGCCCGAGAUGGAAUCACUCCAGUCGCCUGGCAUGGCAUCGCCUGAGAGCCUGGAUGUCCCUCCCAGCACCAUAGGAGGCAACGGUUUAAGCUUGGUGACGCCAUUCCUGGGUGAACUAUCUGUUUCUGCCAGAGAGACUAUCCUCAACUUCCUGACCCAACUUCGGACAAAUCCGGACUACUUGGCAAGCCGGCUGUGUGCGCUAACCGACGCAGAACUCCAGGCCCUCACCAUGUUCCAUCGGGGAUUGGAGCCCAUAGAAUCGCAGAUGCCCUUUCAUGAGAUUCGAUCCAGUGGGCGUGGCGGUGCUAGUACUGCCAACCGGAACUCUGCCGUCGCCCCUAAUCCUGUUGAACGACUCCUGUCGUUUCAACGCCACGACCCCCUUUCUGCCCUCAUACACACCUGUUUUGCCAACUCUGCCGGCCCGGACAGCGCAGAGGACAAGAGGAGAACAGAGAUAUGGGCUUCUGCCUGUGCCCGUCUCAUCUCCUCCAAGUCCCAUCACAAUACGUUAAUCUCUAUCCUCAAUGUUUGGUCCGCCAUGCGUGAUUGGUCUGGACGGUCCAAUAUGGAAUGGUUCCUCAUGAAGAUCCUGGAAGAGGGCGCCUUUCUUCUCGACCGAGCUGAGGACCCGCAAGGAACAAGAUUUCAUAUCUCGGAUUGGAGCUCCAAGGAUAGUAUUGCUGCCGAGGAAUUCUACGAUCGAGCCGUCGAUGAACUGUUCGAUAUCAUUGAUGAUGAAGAUGCCACAGGGAUACCAGAAGGCGUCAUCGAGUUGGGGAAUGAGAUCCUACGUCAACUAGGUGACAAAUUCGUCGACGAGACGCGAUCGUGGUUCGUGUACAAGUGGCUCUUUUCGAGCUGGUUGAUGGCCGUUGUGAUCCACCCGGAAAGCUAUGGUAUGAUGGCCGAAUACAAUAUCACCGAAUACGGCCGCCAGAAGAUCCUCAAGGCCGUUGCCCAACGCGCCAGUGCGCUCGUUGUUGACAUGCUUUGGCCUCACAAUUCACAUCCGGUCUCUACUCCUCUGAAGGUCAAGGGGCAUAUCAAAAACCUAGUGGCCCGUUUUGGGCCGUCCAAGAAGCAAAGGACCGCAAGGCUUCUUCCGGCUAGGUCCAUUACUUCGUUGCGAGAAACCGUCGAGGUGCAUCCUUAUCUAGUGAUUAGCCCUGCCGACCUCGUGACGCUUGUCAACGCACUGUUUCCGGAACGCAGGCCCCAGUCUGCACAUUCGAGCAGUAUCCGCUCUGGAGCACCAUCCAUCUCUGGCUUCUCGGCCAUCUCCCAGCCGAUAUCCAUAGCGACUUCUAGGAGCAACGCUGAGACCGCUUCUGUCAUCAGCACAAGUACGUCAUCCAUCCUCAGCGAUGCGACGACUUCGCACGAACCUCUGCUCGAGAGCCACAUCACCGGGACAACUCGUCGAUAUUCACCUACCGUCCCCGAUACUGCCAGCCAGAAGCGGCUGAGCAACUAUGAAGAAGAUGGUCAUCUCCUUCGGUCAGCAAUGCAGGAGAUGGCCCAUGUACUCGGUGCGGACGUUGUUGCAGGUUCAUGCCAUCCAUGCGCCGAACAGUGGGCGGUCGUCUUUGUCGCCUCUGAUGGCAAGAGCCUUUCCCUGCACAUGACUUACGAUCCUGAUGAUGAACUGGCAGAGGAGAACUCCUCCACGACCAGCGACUCCGAAGAUGAUGAGCCUGAUGACAAACCCGAACUUGACAAGGACUACCACCAACUGCGUGACUCGAUAUUGAGACUCGUCGAAGACUUUGAGAUCCCCCAAGGUCUUGAAAAUUCGGAGACCCAUACGACUUUCAGCAACCGGGCUUCGGGUUUGAAGAAGUACCGUUCCAAGAACAAGGUCAUUACCCCUGAGAGGUCUAUGGGUAGCCGCAAUCCGUACCGUAAGCGUGAGGAAGAAGAGAAAGCCAAGCAAAGUCCAGAGAGCCCUUCACAUGCUCUCGGAGGCGGGGAGUCAGCAUCAGUGCUCAUCACGAUGCUCAACGCCGCCUCGUCGCAGUCUCGCGUUCAGUCUGAUUUUGUCUCGGCGCACCUGUAUUGGAGGACGCUGCAACAACUCAACACGCUGACAUCGCCUUCUCUCCGUCAGAACGGGUUUGCAUCCCUUCUCAAUAUCUUUUCCCGCGGGCCACGAGAUUCAAUCCGGCGCUCUGCUUCUGCAAUUGAAGAAUACGAUGCCUGGCUCGUCUGGUUGAAGCAGAGCCAGGAACGCCACGAGGGCCUGAUUGAGACCAUGAUGAAGCGUCUGAGGGCUUUCCGAGACAAGAUGUGGUACGUGACGGAUGUCCGCAACUCGGACGUCUAUGAACACGCUCGCAACUUCUGCAGCGCCCUCAAGAUCAUGGGGGUAUCGAGGAAAUGGGAGUCGCUCCAGCGUAGCCGGGCUCAGCUCGCUCGAAGUUCUGCUCUGAGCUACAUACACCUGCAGGAGUCUCAAAUGCUGGGUCUACUUGCCGCCAGUGACGAACAAGGAGGUCCAAACAAGCUGAGCGACGACCAAGCUGAAAAAACGAAGAAAUGGUUGGAGCAGUUCAGUGUGCACAAUUGGUGUGAUGGCGAGGAGCGCAUACAUCGAUUCUGCUGUGAAAUGCACACCUGCAUGGACAAGCUGGUCGGCGACAGUGUGACGGCGAACCCAGUUCUAUGGUCGAGUCCCCUUUUCUUGCGAGAUCGGAAGACCUUUGAAGGGCCUCGCAAAGGUCGAGAUAGAGACAGCAUCUUUGGAGGCGACGACGCCGCGAGCGUCAUAAGCGCCGACCACGAUCGGAGGUAUACCUCGUCAUCCAAUCGCCCGAACUCGAUUGUCCGGGAUCUGCGGAACAUGUCGUCUCAUAAUAUGAGCCAGAUUUCUCUGAGCUCGGGGCGGCACAGCUUCUCCAGGGCGAGCACGGUCAUGUCGGACGUCAUGGACCCGCGUGAUUACUUUGGUGUCUCGUCGCCGGUCCAUACCAUCGACUCGGCCAGCACGUAUUGGUCCCCUUUCCAAUCCACGAUGUCGAACGUCAGCUCGGCAACCUCCCGUGCGCAAUCUCCAACCGCGAGUGUCACCAACCUCUCCGGCUCCUCCUCUCAGCCGUAUCGUCAUCGCUUGCCAUCCAGCCACUCCAUCGCACGACCUAGGACCUCCACCUCGUCUGACGAGACUGUUCAUAUUCAGCGCCUUUCGGACGAGAAGCAGCGCUUCCUAUCCGACCUUCGUCAAACCUUACUCGGUCUGGUGUUGUCCGACCUUGGCAACUUUGUGUUCGCACGCGGUUCCGAGACCGACGCCUGGUUCAAUGACCUAGGACAAGACUGUAUCGAGCAUCGCGAAGCUGCGGAACGCAGUGCCGGGCGAACGCCGGGGAAGAGGGAGAAAACGAGCACCGGACACACGAAGCAGCGAGUGAUCGGGAAGAAGAAGAGCUCUGGUAAUCUACGUGAGGCUGGGGACUCGAACGCAUCCGGGCGGAGUACGGGUAGGCAUCGUAGUCCGUCUGGACCCAGUAACGCCAGCUCUGCUACAAACGAAACGGUCUCAGCCCACACACUUCCUCCCAGGAAGGAUGAAUCCUCCGAGUUCCCCUAUAAAAAGGCUUACCAGAGGUUGCUGAAGAUGUUUUCUGUUCACCCCAGCCCUUACAGCAAACUCAACACUCUCUUCGAGUUGGAACAACUCAUUAUUGCUUCAUUGUCUACUGGAGGCCGUCGCUCCCGUUGGAAUCCCCGGAGUCCAUUCGCACCGAGCGACGACUCAGAUAGGUCCAAUUCUCAGGAGCAGAGCAGCCGGGAACGGCGGCCCACUGCGUUUCAACCCUCCUUGGUACCAGGGCUGUAUUCACGAUCCACGGCGAAUGCCGAUACUCGCUCCAUCGUUUCGGUCAGCCUAGCCAACAAAGACGCGAUUCGCAAUGUGCUGAAGGCUCUAUUUCGGGAUGCGGGUGUUCGACCCCAAACUCUCUUCCGUGACCUGCAGUUCAUCAGCGCAUUCGUCUCUCCAUCUGUCCUGGAUACGGAGAGAAACGCGGCAUAUUGGGAUAUCGGAAUCGCAGCAGCAUCCCUCAAGCAGAGUAUCGUCACAACCAUGGUAGAGAUUGCCGACGAGGCUGUCGCUUCGUCACGGAAGCGGUCCAGCGGCACCGACAACGCGACGGAAACACCACCUCCAUCACAUUCGCUGCAUGAUGCCGCGAGGAUGUUGACCAUCGCGGCCAAGGAGGGGGAUCCAACGGCGCAGCGAGAGUUGGGACUCUUUCAGCUGAGCAACCCGGAGCUGGUUGCACGUGCGACCUUGCCUCUGUCCAAGCCGCGGGAGAUCUUCAAGCAGACGGUCAUGGAGAACUUUGGUGCACGGCCGGGCAGCAGUGCACGACAUCCGGCGGACCGAGCGCGGGCCGGCUUGGGAAUGGCGGUACCAAAUCCCACUACGUUUCAAGAUGCGGGCAACCACGGUAACGUGAGGGAUCCGGCUCUGAUGUGCGUGGCCUUCCAUUGGAUGGAGGCGGCAGAGAACGGAGGUGACGAGCUGGCGAGGAGAUUCCUCCGCCAGAACAACGAGAUGAUGGGGCUCGGCUGA